GUUUAAUGGGACAAGGAGAAUCGAUUGAAGGAGAGGGCGACCAGAGCGGUAAGAAGAUGUGCUACUACGAGAUGCUUCAGCUAGAAAAAGACUGCACUCAGGAACAGAUAGAUAAGGCUUAUAAGAAAGCAGCACUUAAGUUACACCCUGAUAAAAAUAGGGAUAGAGAUACUACUCAUCUUUUCCAAGCUUGUCAGGAAGCAUAUACUAUUCUGAGUGAUCCACAUGAAAGACAGUGGUAUGAUGACCAUCGUGAACAGAUCCUUAGCGGUAUUGACCCUGAGGCUGCGAAGGAAGAGGACUCUUCCAUGAUAACUCCUCAGGACCUGAUCAAAUAUGUCGACCCUCAUUGCUACCCUGGAGGUUUUGAUAUUAACAACAAAGAUAAUUUUUACCAAGUAUAUCGUGAGCUGUUCAUCCAAAUCGAUAAGGAAGAGGAACUGGAGGAAGAUAUAGGCACUGAUCAUAUUCUUGCUCCAAACUUCGGUGAUUCAGGCACCUACAUCGAAGACGUGCAUGCUUUCUACAGAUUCUGGGAGGUUUUCAGCACCAAGAAGGAAUUCACCUACGCUGAUAAGUACAACACCAAGGAUGCUCAGAAUGGCCGUGAGCGAAGAUUCGUCAAGGCCGAGAACCGUAAGGAGAGACAAAUCGAGAAGAAGAAGUUCAACCAGAGCUGCAGAGAUGUCCUCGAAUUCAUCCGUAAAAGAGAUCCUAGGAUUAUCAAGUACAAGAAGGAAAAGGAAGAGGAAAAAGCAAGGAAGAAAGCAAUCGAAGCUGAGAAAAAGAGAAAGCUUGAAGAAGCCCACCAGAAGAGGAGAGAGGAAUACAGGGAGAAACUCAGGCAAGAAUACGAGCAAAUGGAAGAGGAGAUGGAAGAAGUAGUCGAGAUCCAGAACACCAUCAUCUGUGAGAUAUGUAAUAAGAACUUCAAGACUGAAGGAGCCUUUAAUAACCAUAUUCGGUCAAAGAAGCAUAAGCAGAAAGUCGCACAAUUCGCAAAGGCAUCCGAUAAGUCGAUAAAGCAAGUGAAUGAUGAGCAGUUGGUCAAGCUGAAUGAAGAAAUAGAGAAGAAAGAAGAGGAAAAGCAAGAGGAAGUAACUAAGGAAAUUCAAGAGGAGUUUGUUAAUGAGGAAUAUGAGCGUCAGAAGCAGAAGAAACUUAAGAAAAAGCAAAAGAAGAAACAGAAACAAAUGGCCAAAAUGCAGUACGAUUCCGAAGAUGAAGCCAAUUUUGAAAAAGCCGAACAAGAUGAUGAAGAUGCCGAAGCUGAAGGCGAAGCCAACGAUAGCGACGAAGGUGCCGAAGGUGAGGAAUCCGAACAAGAAGAGGAAGAAGAAGUAUACGUUAGUAGGAACAAACAAAAAGCAUCUAAGAAGAACAAGAAAAAGUCCAAAGCCAAUCAGGAGGAAGAGAAAAAGACUGAGGAAGUCAGCCAAGCCAAGCCUGGUAAAAAGAAGAAAAACAGGAAGAAGAAGCAAGUGUACGUAAACCAAAUGAAAACAAACGAUGAGGACGCUGAAGAGUCAAAGGACGGCACUGAGGGUGAAGAAAUCCCAAAGAAAAAGCGCCGCAGAAGGGCUAAGAAAGACAAGCAAGCCGAUGACGGCGACGAGGCAGAAAAGAAGCCAGAGUUCUUAUGAAGAGUCUGUAACAACAAGUUCGUGACGAAGAAUAAGUUGCAUAAACAUCUGAAGCAAAGCGGUCAUUCGAAGGGAAAUUAAGAAUUUUAAGUGAGAUUUCAGUAUUUUUAAA